GGCCCUGCAUACUCGGUCAAGCGUCACCCUCUUCUCAACACCACAAUGUUAGUACUGGGCACCAUUCCUAUAUUUACAUUUGCCUUGGGAACGUGGCAAGUUCAACGACUAAAGUGGAAAGUCUCGCUCAUUGACGAGCUGACGGAAAAACUCGAGCGCGAGCCUCUAUCUUUGCCGAACAAAGUAAAUAUCGCGGCUAUACCUGACUUCAUCUAUCGCAAGGUCGUCUUGCGUGGUGUAUGGGAUGACGCCCAUGCCAUGCUCCUGGGACCUCGCGUGCGAGACGGCACCAACGGCUACCAUCUCAUCACCCCUCUCAUUCGCUCCAAUGGGUCGACAGUACUCGUGGACCGCGGUUUCAUAUCAGGCGACUUCGUGAAGAGCGGAAAGCGGACGCCCAAGGUUCAAAGUGAAGUCGAAGUUUGCGGCAUGCUACGAGAUUCCCAGGCUCGCAAUUCUUUCACCCCGGACAAUCAUCCUGAAAAAGGCGAGUGGUACUGGGCCGAUUUGGAUGCUAUGACGGAGUAUGCAGGAGGCGAGCACUUGAAUGUGCAACCAGUACUUGUCGAAGAAAUAUUCGAUGCUAGUUACAGAUUAACACGGGGCAUUCCAAUAGGCAAAGCGGCUACUGUCGAUGUUCGGAACGCGCAUGCAUCGUAUGUCGUCACCUGGUGGGUCUCCAGUUCACAACAACAAUGA